GUUCAAUCGUUAUCUAGACUCUUGUUCCGAAAGGAUCGUUGAAGAUCAGCAAGUCCCCAUCCCGGCAGCUGCGCAGCAGGGAAGAAAGAGCAAUCGAGACGGCCUCUGCUCUGAAGCAGGCAGCUUUGCCAUGGACACCGACUCCCCCGCCAAAAGCGCGGAGAAUGCGGCGAGCUCCUCAGCUAGCUCGCUGGGUGCGACGGCCGGGUCGUCGAUGGAGAGGAACAAUUCCCAAUCGGGCAUUCACAAGCCGAGCCAUGUCGCUGCGCAUCGACAGAGCUUCGCUGAGAACCAGCGGUAUCCCCCGCCGUCUCCUCGGAACCAUCGCCACCCGUCUUUGACACAGCAGGCGCUGCUGGAGAUCAUGAACCACCCCUCGUCCAACAGACACCCGAACCCGCGCUACGCCGGAAGAGACUGGCGGGAUAUUACUGUUGGGGAGCUCGCAGCGCCCGAAGAUGUGAGGUGGGCGGAGCUGGACCUCAGCGUCCAGGAUGCUACCAUGCUGCUUCUCAAGCAAAACCCGACCAACGUCGUUCUCGUGCGCGAGACACCAGAUAGCCGAACAGCCGUCACCACCUUUGAUUACAGCGAUCUGAACGCCUACCUGCUGGUAGUCGUGGGCCUCGCGGAUCCGGGUGAGGAACACGUCGCCUUGUAUGAAAUGAUCGCGAGGAAGGCUCAGGCGCAGGAAGACAUUCCGCUGCGGGAUAUACAGUCCCUUUGCCGGAAGGAGGAGUUGGUGACCCUGUCAGCCGACGAGUACCUGGACAAGGCCAUGGAGGCGUUCGGGAGCGGGAUUCACCGAAUCCUGAUUGCCAAUCAGGCUGGCGAAGUGAUUGGCGUUCUUAGCCAGCUGCGCCUCGUCGAAUUCUUCUGGAACGAGGCCGUCAACUUCCCUGCGAUCGAGCGAUUGUAUGCGUGUCUCCUGCGGGACCUUCAGAUUGGCACGCACCAGACCAUUGCCAUCAACCUCGACCGCCCCCUGACCGACGCCCUCUUGUUGAUGCACAACGAGGGGCUAACAUCGGUGGCAGUCGUCGACCAGGGCCUCAAUGUCGUCGGCAACAUAUCAGCUGUCGAUGUCAGGCACCUCACAAACGCCGCGAGCCUGCCGCUCCUCAAGAGCUCAUGCAUGAAUUUCAUCAGCGUGAUUCUUUCGGAGCGCGGCAUGGAGCACGGCCGCGACUCGUUCCCCGUCUUCCACGUGAACCCUUAUUCAACCCUCGGGCACACGGUCGCCAAGCUCGUCGCCACCAAAUCCCACCGCAUGUGGGUGGUCGAGUCUGCCUCGCCCUCCCCGAGCGCGCCGGCGACGCCCCUGCUUCAACCGAGCCACCCGGCCGGAACCCAGCCUCCAUCAACAGUCAGCGUAGGCAGCCCUCCUCCGCCAGCCAGCGUAAUCGUCCCUCCGCCGGCCAAUGUGACCGCGCCGCAGUCACCGCAGCCAAAUCAGACGUUCACGACGACGGUCAUACCAUCAGGCUUGCCCGGCGCACACCUGUCAGGUCGCCUGACGGGCGUCGUGUCCUUGACAGAUAUUCUGAAUCUGUUUGCCAAGACUAGCGGUCUUCGCCCUUCUGACCCUGCAGAGCAGCGGGCCCGGAGGCGCCGGAGCUCGAGCUCUUCGGUGCGGCCGAGCCUGGAUAGUUCGAGAGCUAGCCUGGAUUUCAGGAGGUGAGUAUGUGCUGGGGGGGGGGGGGGGAUGCCUGGAGGGUGGAGUUUGGCGGCGACCCGGAAGACUGAGCUCGCCUCUCUCAACCAAGCAUGACAUCCGACAGUU